AUGAUAAGCCAUGAACUCCCUAAGUUGCCAUGGCAGGUUAUCGGCGCUGACCUCUUCAGCCAGGGUGGAAGAGAGUUCUUGAUCCUUGUGGACUACUACUCUUUCUACUACGAAGUCAAACCACUAAAGCGAUCUACAGCGAAAGAGGUGGUAGCCAUAUGCACAGACGUGUUCACCACGCAUGGAAUUCCAGUAAGGUUUCUGAGCGAUAAUGGCCCACCUUUCGGCAGCCAUGAGUUCCGAGAAGGCAUGAGGUUCCUCGGAGUCACGCACAUUACUUCUAGCCCUCAUUACCCGAGGUCUAACGGCAUGGCUGAACGAGCAGUGAGAGAAGCGAAGAAACUACUAAGCGAGUACGCCUAUGAGAGCACAAAAUUCAAGACGGCUCUGCUCGAGUGGAGAAAUACUCCGCGGGACAAGGUGUUAAAAUCACCAGUACAACGCUUGAUGGGAAGAAGCACCCGGACACUUCUUCCGGUGCAUUCAGCAUGUCUGCAACCAAGCCUGGUACAGCCAAAGGAUGUGGUAUCACGGCUUCAGCAUCUCCACCAACGUCAGCAGGUCUACUACAACAGAGGAACUAGACAGCUGCCUCAACUGCUGCCGGAUAGUCCAGUGACAGCCUACAACAGCAAAGUCAAGACUUGGGCACCAGCAACAGUUGUGGGGUCCGCCGGGGCACCAAGGUCCUACAUCAUAAGGACGAGCGACGGUGCUGUGCUUCGUCGUACUCGGGAGCAUCUUAGAUCAUCGCAAUGUCAGCAGCAGCAACCUGCUUCCACUCCCGAGAACGAACCACGGUCCGGUCCAGCCACGGAGUCAGUACCAGUUCGGCGAAGCACCAGACAACGUCGAAGGCCUCGGAGAUACCCCCUAGAAGAGUAA